AUGUUUCCCUUUCCGGCAUCAGACGACCAAGUGAGGCCUUUAACCGAAGAGGACCAGCAGAUCCUCUUGGGACUUGCCCGUCGCUAUGGUGUCUCGAGUCUUGUUUGCGCUCUGAGCGGCCUGGGUGCUUCAUCCCGAGCCUCUACCUUCUCAGCAUCCACACUACUCAGCAACACCAGUGCUCCCUCAUUAGCAUGGAGCAGUUCCGAGGCGUCUCACGCCCGAUCCGAUGCUGCCUCGAUCCGAACUCAAUCCACAUGGCAGGACAACGCAGGCGACGUGCCCUCAAUUCACGAUGGUGAGGUCGGUAAAGUUGCCGAUCGCACAUGGCUCGACUCGCCCAAUCUCAUGCAGUCACCCAUCCCUUCAUGCGAUGUCACCUCCAACCCGUCGCCCCGGCAUGUCACACCCACAUCAAAGAAAUACCAGUGCCCUAUGUGUUUCUUGGACAACAACCCUGUGGGUUUUGGCAGGAAGAGUGAUUUCAAGAAGCAUCUCUACAACUUCCACGGUGCUGAUGUGACAUGGCUGUGCAAGACCAAGGGUUGCCAUCUAUCGUUUGCUACUGAGCGAGCAUACAGCACUCACGCCAAGGAGACUCACCGCAUGGACGCUCUCCCUAACAGCUCAGCCAAGACAGACUUGUGCCCUCAGGUUGUCUUUGGUUGCGGUUUCGCUAGCUGCAAGGAUCGCGUCUUUGAGGCUUCCACCAGCGAGCAGGCUUCGGCCAGCCGCGACAAGUACUUUGAGCAUAUUGCCAAGCACUUUGAGGACGGAUUCGACGUGAACAACUGGGAGUACAAGGUCCAACUCCACAACCUUAUGCGUCAAUCCAAGGUCAAGUCUAUUUGGAAGACAUGUAUCUGGCCCAAGGAGAAGAGACUGCAACUUACAUGGCGACCUCGCUCCUCUGGCGAUCUCAAGCGUAUGCUCGAGGCUCGUCAUCUUGGUGAAGACAUCUCAACACUUGUUCGUCUUGCAUUUAUCCUUGGCACAUCUCCUUUCACUAGCGUUACCACACCGCCUCCGAGCGAGAUUGAUCUGCAGUUUUCUCUACCUUUCCGAUCUCAAUGCUUGAUGGAUACUGUUGGCCACGGUGAUGGUGUACCAUCCAAGACAGACGACUACAGUGAGCACAGUGAGCACAACACGCCGAUGGUCACUGUGACAAAGCAGCUGCCCCAAACACCACAGCCGCCCUCGUUCCCUGUCCGACGUAUCAAACAAGAAACCCGCCCAUCAACACCAGUAGACGGCAUUAUGGAGCCCAUGGUUCAAGAUGAUCUCACUGCUGGUCCUCACCCGGGAACACCGUUCCCUAUCCCUAAUGAGCAUGUCUGGCCAGUUGACGCGCCCAAGUUUGCUCCUGAUCAAAUGAACACUUUUGCUGAUGCCUCCAUGACCUACAUUCUGCCUGGUCAGGAACUUCCUCAACAUCAAUGGGACAUGACUGGUAUGCAGCAGCACUUCCCUCAGCAGGACACUGUUAUGACCAACGUCUAUAUGCCCCCUCAGCAACAACCUGUUGCUGCUCGUCCCGCUACUCCCAUCCCCUCGAAACGACCUGGAUCUUGGGGCAAGCGUCUCAGCCUUGAGAACUUGCGCCCCAAGAAGAAGACCAGCGUGUAUGGUAGUCCCUCUUCCGAACACGAGGCCGUUCCCCCUGUGCCAGCCAUGUAUGCCGAGAUGAUGCCCACGUCCGUACCAACAGGCUAUCAGCUGCCGAUGCGAAUGGGUCACCCUCAACAAGGGUACACAUCCAACCCUGGCUUCAUGCCUCAACAACAUCAGCAUCAUCCGCAACACCAACAGCAGCAGUUUGGCUCGCCCACAACCUUUUACCUGGAUGAUGGUGAAAUGAGACUAUAA